CCCCGGCUCUCUCUCUCUCUCUCGCUUCUGAGAUCGAUCGAUCCAAAGAAACCCUAGAAAUCCCCGCGGAGCUCCAACCGGAAGGAGGAGGAGAAGAAGGCUUGCCGCAAGAUGCUGAGGCUGGCCGGAAAAAGGCUCGCCGCCGCCGCCUCGUUGAGGCCGACGGGCGCCGCCUCCUCGUCCCUGUUUUCCGGGAAUCCGAUGCAUGGCGACCCCCUCUCCUCCCGGGACGAUUCCAGACCGCUUGCCGCCUCCCCCGCUCGUGUCGCCUUCGAAUCGGGCCUUCUCGGUGCCACCAGAGGGUUUUCUACUGAAUCUCUCAUCCCAAGGCAUCAGGAUGUGGGGUUAGCUGACCUUCCUGCAACUGUGGCAGCUGUGAAGAACCCGACCUCAAAGAUUGUCUAUGAUGAACACAACCAUCAGCGCUUUCCUCCAGGGGAUCCUAGCAAGAGAGCUUUUGCCUACUUUGUUUUGAGUGGUGGCAGAUUUGUCUAUGCAUCUUUGCUUCGCCUCCUUAUUCUUAAGUUUGUGUUGAGCAUGUCUGCUAGUAAAGAUGUACUGGCCAUGGCCUCCCUCGAGGUCGAUCUCUCUAGCAUUGACCCAGGGAGCACGGUGACUGUGAAGUGGCGUGGGAAGCCAGUGUUCAUAAGGCGUAGAACAGAGAAUGAUAUCAAGCUGGUAAACAGUGUGGAUGUGGCAUCUCUUCGUGAUCCGCAGGAGGAUUCAGCUAGGGUGAAAAACCCAGAGUGGCUUGUGGUUGUUGGUGUCUGUACUCAUCUGGGCUGCAUUCCUCUACCCAAUGCUGGAGAUUUUGGGGGCUGGUUUUGCCCUUGCCAUGGUUCUCACUAUGAUGCAUCCGGCAGAAUCCGCAAGGGCCCUGCACCAUUCAACUUGGAGGUACCCACAUACAUCUUCUUGGACGAGAACAAGUUAUUGAUUGGUUGAGCUCCUCGCCCAAGAGUAUAGGUGUUAUGGUCUAAAUUUUUCAUUUCAUUAAGACCAUAUUUUUGCGUGGUCAGUUUGUUUUUAAAUAUUGAUGUUUGCCUGCCAGUGUGAUUCUGGUUCCAAACUAUGAAAAAAUUCUGUUCCUUUAGUUGGAUUUAUUUUGAGACAUGGUGUAUUGCCACAACAGGAUCAUAAGCAGCAAUUCUUUUAUGAAUCUUAUUUUACCAUUGGGGUGUCUGUCUGGUUA